GUUCGCUUUUAAUAAAAAUCUUGAUUAUUAGAUUUUCUUAAUCCAGUUAUCCAAAAUAUCAUAAAUGUAUUCUUAAUCCUCCUAUGAUUUCAAAAUAUGGAUAACUGCAUUCUAUACUAUUAAGCAUAUUCAAAGCUGAUUAAAUUGUAACUGCCCUCCAUAAAUAUUCAACAAAUGCUAAAAAUUAUUUCAUGUAUCUUCUCAAAUGAAUACUAUACAUAACUUUCACGCUACCUUUGUAAUUUUUAUAGUUAACAUUUCUAAUAGGCAAAAUUACAGACAAAUAUAUAUAAUCCAUAUUACAAUAAAUAUAAGACUUGAUGCUUAUCUUUAACAAACCCAUUGUUUUAGAAUAUUCAGAAGUAAACUUAUCCUUUCAACAUUCUUAUUUUGUUUUAUUCCUCAAAAGCUACGUUAUAAAUUAAGGAAUUAAAUUUUAUUGUAUAACUUUUUUCAAAUGUACAAAUAUAAUUAAUGAAUUCUUUUUUUUAUAUUAGCAAAUCAUGCGAGCAACUAUCGUCAUUGUUUUGGCUUUCGCCACGGGGAUUGUUAUAGCCACAUCUAGAAAUCGUAAUUAUUCUCAUUUCGUAAAACAUCCUGCAAAACCACGAGUAAUUCGAGGCUUUAAACCUGAAUACAUAUCUACGGCAUAUGGUUUCGGGAAGAGGCAAAGUAUUAUUGAUAUUCCAAAAAUUAAUAGACAGGAACGAAUUUUAUCUACAUUUCUACGCUAUUUCCCACAAAGAAUACCUGUAGAAUGGUUAUUUCAACAGAUAAAGACAAACCCAAAUUUUGCUACGAAAUUAACACAAGUGUUAAUGGAUGAACGUACUAAUUUCAUAUCAAUGAUGGAUCGCUCUAAUCCAGAAAAAAUAACUUGGCUGUAUUAAAUCAUUCAUUGUAUGAUCAAAUAAUAUAUACAAUUUCUAGCUAUAACCUUUUAGUUUAAUAAAUCUGCG